GUUCCUUGUUUAGCAGUGCGGUUAUCGUGUCAACAAUCAUGACUGCUCUCUGUUCUCGUCAUCGAAUUCGUUCAUCGUUGUUGCGAGCGUUUUCCGUAGCCGGCCAGUUGGCUAAUUAGUUCUCUACCCAACAAAGAUCAGAACGUCAGUGGGUGAGCACAUCUGCAACAAAGUUAACUCGGAAUAAGAGCAGAAGUUGCAGCAUUUUUUUGUGUGGCAAAACAGAGCUAACCGAAGAACAAGUUCGCGCAGCUGCAUCAUCGCCUCUGUCCAACCAAAAUAAACCUACACUUCAACAGUAGAUCUGUACUACUAAUAUUAGUAAUACAGGUUUCUCUUGGCUAGUCAGAUCUUUUUUCAGCGACUUGACAAACCCGCCAAAACACAAGGGUGCCCCUCUCUGAUCAACUUCGUAGGUUUUCCUGAACAGCUGUAAAUUGCGCGGCGCGUUCAGAUUUGGCAUAGUUUGGCAUUGACCGGAUACGAACUCCGCGCCACCUUCGAGCGCCAAGCAGCGUCUGCACUCUCUGUCCAGCAACGAUCAUCAGCUGUGAGAUAGAGAAAGGGAUAAAUUCGACGGUCUAAAGCGAGCCAUGCUGUACCGUACUCUCAGUCGUAUUCGUGGUGGGAGCGAAAGAUUGUCGUGUCUACCCUCCAACCUGAACUGGCAGAGGUAGUAGCAGUUCUAGGGGAAGUGGGGAAAAGAGGGGUGAGGGAGAGGUUUGGUUGGUUCGUGUCUGGAUUUGUUCCCUUCGUAUAUCUAGCUCUGAGGGGGAAUAUUGUCGUGUGCAGCGCCUCUAGCUGGAGUAGUGGAAGAACGACGCACACGGCUUCAAAACAGUAGCAACGACGACUCCGAUUCCAUUAGUGUGGAGUUAACUCGCCCAGCUUACAGCGGGUGGUGUAGGUGAGCUAAGUGCUAAGAAGUGCAAAACGACAGUAAACGAACGAUGCUGCGCUACUGUAUACAGAAGUAGAGCAGCAGUCGCCACUGCCGGCAACUCGCGUCGAUAGUCAGCGAGCGCCGGUGAAAAACAAAGCGCACACACAUAUACACCCAGUUCUCGGACAGACAAAGCAGACUCCAGGCUACAACUAGUAUUUCCCAGUUGACACCUCUCUUCGAAGUCCAACACAAAUCCACUGUUGUUUUAUGUUGCGGUCUGCAUCACUCGCCUGUGUGGCCAGAUUCGUUUGGUCAAUUGGCAUCGCUGAUGCUGCUGAAAUAGUAGUUCAAUUAAUCGAAGCCAGCUUCUCGUGGUUCACCCCAUAGUAGCAGGAUGGCCUGACGAAUAGAAAGUCCAUGGAGCCUUGUGUGUGUUCUCCCAACCGCGAAAGCUAUAUUAAUAUUAUCGUAGUCACAAUAGAGUAAUAUAAUAUUAAUAGAGUCAGCAAAAAAAUAUAAAGCUGUUACACUAAAUAAUCAAAGUACAUUCGGACAACCCUGUGACAGAGGUGCUAAUGUUGUAUAUCCGAUUUCGCGAUAAAUACGCGAAGUUCAGAUUGCUCAAAACUUUCAGCGUAUCGUCUAUUGGAUGGUUGAAAAUUUUCGAAAAACGCCUGUUCAGUGAGUCAGCGUUAUGUUACGUUGCUGCUAAUGCUGCUGUUACGUCGCGUAGUGACGAUCGUGCUCUCGUGUAAAGAUUACCAUAAAGUCGUAGAGUGCCGUGCGGAAAUAUGUAAAGUGGCAAGCAACGUUACGGACCGCACAAUUGGACGUGUCGUGUAGAACAAAAGUAGUCCUACAGACUUCGUUGGAAAGGGGCCCUGGACUAAUUCGAGCUAUUACACAAAGGAGAUCCACUGGAACAUAUUGGGCAUGCGUUGUGUUCAAUUUGUUAACACAAAACGGUCAGACGUAACGGGAGCGGAGAGAGGUAGACGAAGCAAUACCUGCCGAUUUCGACCUUGCCAACCAUCGUCGUAUGUGUAUAUAUUACACCUAUAAAGAACCGAAAAUCAGCCGACUGCAGAAGGUCGAAACGUAAGCCGAGAUAGAAGAGGAGCCCCCCUACCAAUCAUGUCAAAACUACUUAAGCAUUUCAAGAUUGGCAAAAAAGCAAACAGCCCCGUCAAUCAUGUUGACUAUCAGUAUAUGGGGUUCGGGGCCUUUACGCAACAGCCAGCGAGAUGCAACAGUGAAAGUAACCUGGCUAAUAUUGGCAGGGCUUGUAGCGGCGUCGUGGGGCAUGGGGAAAGUGGACGUGUUCAGCACAGCCAGGACGACCUCCAGGUAACAUUAUGCGACGAGUACCAGGAUCCAGUGGACCUCAUCGCCGAGCUAAAAAACUCCCGUACCCACACUGGCAGCGAUGGCUGUCUUGAGGAUAUGUACUCUACGCCGUACGCCUCCAUGAAUCUCGUCUCUUCAGGUAAACUAGCCGCAGCGGCCGCAAACGUCCGAAACGGUGCCGACGAUCUUAUGGGAGUUGGAGCUCCCCCUAGACCGCCGCACGUUCGGCGAGCAAAUUCAACGAGUGCGAGUCAUGGCGGAGGAAAUGGCGGUCGGAAAACGGAUCUGCCUCCAGGCAUACCUCGCGCCCAACGGAAAGCCCCUUCAUCGUCGUCGCACCAGCAGGGAAUACCGCUGAGCUCGGCAAACCCUUUGCGCCAGCAACAGCAGUCAUCGACCAACGCGGUACUGCCGCCGCAACAGUUCCAGGGCAGUAGUUCGACCACUACCGCCGCUCCACCUGUACCAGCGCCGCGUCAUCCCCGGCAAGGUACGACCUACCAAAACCUUCCUCCAGUUGAUAACAGUAAUAAGACGCCACCGAGGACAAGCUCGAGGCAGCCAUUUCCUUUACCUACGUGCGAUGUCAAGGAUAUUAAUAAUAAGGUGCAGCAAAAUCCGUCAUGUGAUAAUCGUCCCGAAGAGGAUUAUGAUUCCCCGUGGGACAUACCUAAAGGCGGUCAACCCUCAGCACUUCAGAGGUCAGGCAAGGUUUGCACGUCAUCGGUGAGCUCAAUUUCAUCGGCGAGUUCAGUCGUUUCGGGACUCAGUGGGCCAGUUGGAGUUAGCAGUUGUAAUCCAAGUGGAGGCGAUUCUUCUCCCAACAUGGCUCCACGGGUCCCAGCCCACCGAUCUGCCUCUUCCGUAUCGUCGGGAUCCGCCGACCUCCAUCGAACGGGCAGUAAGCAAUCGGUCGAAAGGCCUCACGAUCUGCUACCAUCGAAUAAUAGUUCAGAUUCUAGUUCUGUCGCAUCUCGACCCAGUCUUCCACUAAAUCUAAAUGGGUCACCAAAACGGAGUCGAGGUAAUAUGGCCUUCAACUUUGGAUGCUCUGUCCCGCUACCACAAGGCGAGCCGGUAGACCCGGCACUCGGCUUAGCUCGUCAAGGAUGGUACCAUGGAGCUAUUUCACGGGUGGAUGCUGAAUGUCUACUUCGCAGUCAAAAGGAGGGUAGCUACCUUGUUCGUAUUAGCGAGAGCAGCAAACAGGACUACUCACUGUCUAUCAAGAGCACUCGCGGGUUCAUGCACAUGAAAAUUGUUUACAAGUCUGACGGCCGUUUCGUGCUGGGCCAGUUCAGCAAACCGUUCGAGUCAAUUCCCGAGAUGAUUCAUCAUUAUUCAUUGAAUAAAUUACCCAUCAAAGGCGCCGAACACAUGAGCCUUUUACAUCCCGUUAUUGCUCAGCUUCUCUAACAUUUCAUCGGCAGUUUCCUCGCUACUUCUUGCUGGAAAACAAAAGCUGUCUAUGCAGUCGACUUAUAUGGAUUAGAAUUCGUCACCAAUGUAUGACAAAGUGUUAGAAUUGUGUUUUCGGUCCGAUCUGUUUUUGAAAAUUGCUUUCAUUAUUUCUUAUGCACCAAUAACCCAGCUGGUGUAGGUUGGCACAGUUGGGUUAACUACGCCAACAACAAAGUCAGGCGAUUUUCGAAGGCUUAUCGAAUAGUCGCGCAGGGUAUUGAUGAUAUAAAUCAUAAAUAUAAUUAUGCUGAAAAUCAUAAAACGUAACACACACAAUGCUCACAUCUACAUACAAACGGCAAAUGGAAAUUGUACUUAGCGCAAACCCCGCUGGAAUCGAGUACAUUUCCUAUAUUCUUGCACGACCUCAUCCAUCGACUGGCUCACUUUAAGCUUUUAGAACGCGCUCACACAAGUGACGCGGCCGAUAUCAAGCAUUAGUCAAGUGUUUAACGUAAGAAUAUUACAGAAUCGCUACAUUUAUAUGAAGAGUUGACUGGAUGCUACCUUGGAACACAUUAAGUUCACAGUUCAUAAUGGUCGUCCAAAUACUUUGUUGGCCGGAAGCCAUUGUUCCACAAUGUACCGGACAGUAGGUGUUGCCUGGGUUGUAUAGUUCGCACACAUCCCUCUAGCGCGACUAGGGACGACGAGCAUUACCGUUGCUGUAAAGUUAUACCCCAUUGACUACACAAGAAAUGUACCAUUGUCUAUACAGUGCAUAUGCUUGGCAUUGACUGUUGCGAUCCCCAUCAUCAACAUGUCUGUUGGCUGGCCGCAAAUGACUUAGACUAAUUUGAUAUUUUGUAACGACUAGAGGAAGACGAAGAUGUAAAAUUUCCUUUACAUCACCGGUCUGGUUGAGAUAUCAUGCAGUCGAAAGCCGGGGCGAUCUAAGCAAUAUAUCAUGGACACUCAUAUACGUACAACUUACCAAGACCAGCGGCAGACUUUCAACAACACAACAUGCGGAGAGACACAGCAAGCUUGUUCAGUCGCUACGGUAAGAAGCUUUUUGCCCUUUUACAUAUAUAUAUAUAUGUAUGGGCAAACUUAAUGUACAUAAAAGCAUACGACAGGUCAGCAAGGAAAAUAAUCAUAUUCAACGAUAACAUUAUCAAAGGAGAUCACGAAGGAAUAUAAACGCCAAUAGUUAUAUAUAUAUAUAUAUAUAUAUAUAUAUAAUCUUUACAUAUGUGAAGCCAAUUUCAAGACUGCAAAAGCAAUAAUACGUUUUGCUUAACCCCAUUUUCCUUUUCGAGGCAUAAGAAUAAAUUAAAUACAGCCCCAGCUCUUUAUAGAAACUCCGUAUAGUCGCACUAAGUGUAUCUAGCAGUCUUCAGUAAAUUCCUUUUCUGCCAUGGCUUCUCCUUCACCGAAAUCAGCUCUGAGCUUAUCAUGAGAACAUUGCCAUGUUUGAUCGCUAAUAUCACAUGAUCUUCUGCUUCGAUGAAGACGCUGAAGCGGCUCAUGAGGACAGUUGACAUACGAAAGGAAAACACACAAAAGCCGAAAUAACAACUAUGAUUAUCGAGAAACAAACUAAGCGAAAGAAAAUGUGUACGUUCUAAGUUGCACUUUUGGCGAAACCUGUUCGAGGCACUUGGUUGGGAUCGAAAAAAACCUGCCAGUCAAACGGCCAAGGUAUUCGUCACGUGGUAUGAUAGUAAUAAAAAGAACAAUCACAAUUCAUGUAUAGCAAAUUGACGCCAAAAAGGGGUUAAAGGUUUAGAACAAAUUAUACCGCUUGCAAAUAAUGAGUGUUCCCAACUCGUAUUGUUACAUAUUGAUAGGAAUGACAAGACCAUACGUAGUUACGGGUACUGCUAAAGAAGAUCGCGCUUGCGCAAUGAUUGUAGACAUUGCUUUCAGUGACAGCGGACAGAGUAGUAUUCAGAUAUUUGUAGGUAACUAUGCAGUCCCUUCACAAUGAUAUCUGGAGAUAAGGCAGGCGAAGAGAUGACGCAAAUUGAUUUAUCAAGCACAACACUAGAAAGAAAUCACCUCAUAUUCGACCACUGAAAAUAAAAAGGAAAAUCAAUCUUUCUGCACCAAUUUGUCACGUGUAUCGUAACGCGUACGAGAUACAUGCACCUUUUUGUGAUAUCUGCUUGGAAAUAGCGAUGACAACAGGCAAGGAAAUAGGAAAACUAUUCUCGAGUCAUUAUUGUGCGACCACAAAAACAGGAAAGCAGGGAAAGUAUAUAAAGGUAACCAUGAUAUACAUAAUAACUAUUUAUAUUUGUGUACAUGUGUACACCAGUGAUUGAUAACAAUCGUCGAUCUCUGCGGGAUAUGCGACGAAAAGCGCAAACUAAAUAUAAGUAAAGAAAAAGACAAACCAAAAAAUAGCUUAUAGUCUAUCUUUAAAAAAGCUCGUCUUAACUAUGAAUGUGGAGAAAAAUGGAGGGGAAAGUUAAUUAUGUCAAAUAGUAAUAUUAAUGCUGAACACGCUGCAAAUGUGUAAAAAGAGUAAGAGUACAGGCAAAGAUGAUUAUGAUGACUAAGCUGUAUGUAACUAUCGCAUAGUGAUUAUAAUUAGGAGGAGAGCGGAAGAGAGGUAUAAUCUACGUGCGAAAAACGUGUGUUAAGAGGGCUGAAAAAUUCACAGACAGGAUAGGAGAGUGUUAGCGAACUUCCAAGAGAGACUGAUAAGUUGACAGUGCUGAUUACGAUGAUAAUUAUCUGUAAGAAGAUUAUGGGCAUUUUUCCUAAUAUAUUCUCUCGGCGAUAGUCUGCGCUCUCGUCUGAUGAUCGUGUGCACAAAAAGCAUCUAGGUCGGUUUGUCAGACGGCGACAAUAGCGAAGAUUUAGCUGGAUGAAGUAAUAUAACCAAAUGCAAUAAAUAUAAAGAGCAAACAAUUCAAAAAAUAAAGAAAUUAUAAAGUUUACCGUGGCGUUUGUUUUUGACUAG